CUCCGCAUGUCGGAUGUCGGACGAUUGUGUCUACGGUUCUGUCGGCGGCGUUGCUCGCCUUCCUCUCAUCGCUAACAAGUAAAAUGGUACUUGCGGACGUAACGUUGGCGGACAAUCAUCACCGUCGUCGUACCUUCACGGCGAACGGUAACCUGGAAGGCAUCACGAUACGCAACUUAGUGGAUGGCGAGACCUUGACUUACAGCCUGGCCCUGAUAAAGGGUCGUGCACCCGCGCUAUGCAGCUACAUUACCGUUCGGGGACACAAGAACGUGACCUCGGAGUGGCCGAUCGUCGCCGGGCAAUUCCGCGUCCUGGUGGAUCUGGCACGCGGUCCGAAUAAAUUAGAACUCGAGGCGGGCGGGCACAAGAGAAGAUUGGUCCUCAUUUACGAACCGAGAACCACCAGGCUGCGGGUAACACCGGUCUACGUCAUCUGCUCGGGUCACGAUGGUUAUUUUCAGGGUCCACGCAACGAGGAUCGUUCACCGGAGAGCGCGGCAACGAGAAUAGGGCUCGGUGCCAGGCUUCUGCAGACCCUGACAGCCGAGAAGCUCCAAGAGGCCGGUUACAGUAGAAAGACCUUCCAGCUGGAGAGAGACCUGGACGGUCCGGAGUGCCUGGUGAUGCACAGUAUGCUUCACGUGGACCGGGCGCGAGCGAUGAAGCAGCGAGAACUGUGGGAGUUGAUUGCGCGUGAGCUGAUGACCGGUCCCUUAGCAUCCAAGGAUCGCAAAUACUUGGCAUUUCUGUCGUGCACGAGGUACUGUGGCGCGCCCAGUCCUCGCACGCAUGAGAACACCUUGGCGAGAACGCAGGGCCAUGCGGCCCUCGGCGGUGGUGGCCUGGCGCUCUUCGGUUCGGCGUGUCUCCACACCUGGCCUACGUGUAUGGCUCAGGUAUUACCGAGAUUCCUGGAUGCCACUGUCAUCGACACCGAACAGCUGAUGGACGACAGUAAUUAUCGCGGCACGCACGGUGGUUGCUUAGCGACAACGUUAGGUUCCGUUCUACACGAGCUUGGUCACACCUUUGAUCUCGGCCACACACGAGAGGGAAUAAUGGGCCGGGGAUUCGAUUACGUCGACAGGGUUUUCAUGGGCGCCGCUGGGAUCGAUUUCAAUCGUAAUCCUAUCAGAAGAGACCCGCAGCAUACGACUGUCGCUCUUAGUCGACCACUCAGCGUCACAGUAACUGUGCAAGAAUCUAUAUUAUCAAGCCCACGAAGGGGUAGAUUGCUCUCGGAGACAUCUAGACCCGCGCCGUCGUUUACCACGAGGCAGUUACCCGGAAGACUUUCAGCGCCGGCCAGUCCUGAACUUAAUAGAUCUCUUUCUAAAAGCCUGAUCGCCUCGGAACCUUUUUCACAGCCCGAUCGAACAUUCUGGGGUCCAUCGUGCGCAACGUUACUCGCGUAUCAUCGAUGGUUUAACAGCGAAAUGGACAAUUUUUCCAACAGGCAUCAUCACGAGAUAGAGUACGAUGGAAAAAGGAAUGUAGUGAGAUCACGAUACGGAGUACGAGUAAUAGAGCUUAGAGAGACGUCAGGAGGAAUGGUUGUGGGUUCCCGCCAAUUUCCUGGCUUACGACCACCUUUGGAGGCUUUAGUUCCACCACCUCCACCCCACUGCCUCGCCACUCUUACCCUCGUUGCCGAAGAUUCUACUGGGAAUGUGCUCAAACAUCCUCUUCCUACUGCCUUUUAAAGGUCGGCAGACACAAUGACGUGCAUAAUUUUAUCUUCUAGUCCGGCGAAGAUUGUUACAGUUCAUAAGCAAUAUUGGCUUGAUAUACAUAUUGUAAAUUAUCCAAAGAUGUUAUAUUUUUCAUUUGUUUUUCGUUUAAAAGUUUAUUAAGUAUCUUAAUUAAAUGUGUACAGAAAUAAAGUUUCUAUUGAUAUCUCUUACGCGCUAAUUAUAUUUGUUAAUAAAUCUGCAUAGAUAAAAUGAGAUAUUUUUAGACAUAUAUAUACUAUAAUAAAUGCAACUGAGUGAGAAAAUGCAACAGAGUGAGAACAUUUGGAAAAUAAUAUCUGUAGAAAUAUCUAUCAUUUAAUUUGCUUGCUGACUUAUGUAAUUUUUAAUUCUAUGAUGAAUAUAAAAGAAUAUCUCUAGUUUCUAUUUAAUGUGAGAACAUAAAGUUAAUCGUCCAGAUAUCUCACGGUGAUAUCGCAGUUUUCAGUUUAGAGUUAUUAAUCAAAGUAUUGUACUGCCAUUGUAUAUCUCCAGCUUCUGAAAAUACGAUUUCAGCUAGAGUGAAAACAUGGCGCAAUUUGCACGUGAAACUUAAAAAAGUUUUAAUUUUGUUUUAAUGCUUCCGUUAGAAACUUCAACCUCGGUGAAACAGUGAAAUUUUUAGGUACGUUAUAGAUUAUACUUUCAAAUUACGAUUUGUACAGCUGAGAAAUCAAAUAGAAGCUUAUAUCCACACACAUAUUAUAUAACUGACAUAUAGAUGAUAUGGAUUUUAUAUAACAAUGUAUGGCGUAGUCAAAUGACAAAUAUUUGAUAACACAUCUUGCUCAUGUACAACUCGUUCCACGUUGCCGAAUAUGCAGGGAACUACUUUAUAAGAAUUUAUUUUGUAACAAUAGUCUUUAGCGUUCCGUGAGCCACAGCCUCAACCUAUAUUAAUGUAACCGUAAUAAUUAAUUAAUAACAUCCGUAACGUGCACAAAUGCGUUGUGUCCGAAAACGAGGAAUAUAUUUAACGUAUGUAUAAGGCAUUGGAAGGUGCUUGUGUAAUCAUUAGAGCUCGGAAAAGAAGUCGGAUAACAAAAAGAGACAGUCACCCGCUCUCCCGUUACCCGUUGUACACGGUUCUGGGGAGCGAUCGCGUGCACGAUCGAAUUCGAUCGGUCGACUUCUCAUACGUCUCUACUCUACAGGUUUCAUGGUUCAUGCUUAUUUAUUAUAGAAUAGUUUCCCUCAGACCAUAGAUUGAUCAUGUACGAAGAGUGGUAUCGGAUGGCAUAUUCCUUCUCGAAUUCGAAUUCGAUCGGUGCACGCGAUCGCUCCCCAGGACCGAUUCCACGAGUACCUGCAUUGGCGAGGGUGUCCGUGGCUAUAUGAUUCUCCACAUAUGCUAUGGAUAUCUACGUAUUUAUACGGAGGCACGUAUUACACAGAUAUGAGUUGUAUCAAAUUAAUAAUACAUAAUAAUAAAACAAAAAUAAAAUUCAUAAAGCUCUGAUGUGAAGUCACAGAUACGAAGUAAUAAAGGAUAUAAGAGCCAAGACGGAUGUUAGUGUCUGAAUGAUUUUAAUUUUUAAAUUUAGUGUGAAAAAUUACAUCAGCAGAUUUGAAAUUGAAAUCUCACUAGGCAGGUAUGACAUGCCUCCGUGGUCGUCUCACCAAUUCGACCACUGUCUUGGCUCUUAUAACCUUUAUUACUUCGUAUCUGUAAAACAAAAAUCUUGCGCGUUUACACAUUGCGUUCAUUACUUUUAAAUAUUAUUUUAAUGACAGAUGUUUUGCCAUUUUGAAAGAAAGAGGAGAAACUUAGCUGCACAUUAGUUCCUUAACAAUUACUACAAUAGCUUCUAAUUAUUUAUAUAAGAUUAGAGACAAGAUAAAAUGUAGGAAAUUAAAAAUUUAAUGUGACUCUAUGAUCCAUACAUUAUUACAACAAAAUAAAUUAUUAGCUAUAUUUUAUUAGGUAACUUCUUCCUCAUAUGACAAUUGAAAUGUUUCCAUAGCAAAUAAUAUAAUAUUACCCAUGUCGAUUCAGGUACCCUUUUAAUGCGGGUACCCGUGGAAUCUGUCCAGAACCGUAUACUAGGGUGGAGCG